AAAAAGGAAAGUUAAGAGAGAAAAUGGGAAAAAAAUGAAGAAUAAUUCUAGCUAACCAAACACAUCAUUAACAUCAGCAACACCAACCAGAGAUUUACUUUUCUCUAAUCCAUCAACCCCUUUUCCUAUCUUUACUCAGUUGGGCCUGUUUUUAGAUUUCAAUCACUUACCCAACUCUGUUAUUCUUGAAAGGGAAUGUUCUCUGAGUUUUGUACAUCAUAGUCCAGAUCUUAAUAUUCUUUGACCUAGCUGAAUAGCUAAAAGAAGAACAAAGGUUAAUGGCAUUAAAUGAUAGAUGAAAAGGAGAUUUAUUCGUCUUGUCAGGAACGAUUUCAUAUAGAGCUUGUAUGUUGGUUUAGGGUGGUGGAAGAUAAGGAUUUGGGGUGUAUGAGAUCUUCACUGGCUCGGUAACAAUUGGUUUUAUCAUCUUUGUUUUGCUGCUUAGACCUUUCAGAUUGAUGAACGUUCUGUUUCGAGAGUGUUUCUAUCAGUAAAACAUUACAACCAGAAGAUUUUAGUUUCAAGUGAUGUUCAAACAGAUACUCAAUAGGCUCCCUAAGAAGCCUUCCAAGUCAGCAGAAAAUCGUGAUGGAGGAAGCUCUGCAUCACCGUCAAAUGCUUCAACUAGUUCUAGAAGCAGCGAUUUGUCUAGUUCGCGGUCAGGAAAUUCGAGUGCCACUACUGUUUCAGGAGUCACUUCUUCAACUCGAGGGCCGAAUCAUGGAAAUAAGCUACCGCAGGCUGUAAAUGCUACGGUGAAUGGAAAUGCAGCGGUUUUUCCGUCUGAGAACUUGCCUAGUUUUAAAGAUGUACCAAGUGCUGAGAAGCAAAACUUGUUCAUCAAAAAGCUGAACUUGUGCUGUGUAUUAUUUGACUUUACUGACCCAACAAAAAACUUGAAAGAAAAAGACAUCAAGCGGCAGACAUUAGUGGAGCUUGUUGAUUAUGUUAGUUCUGCGAAUGGAAAAUUCACAGAAACUGUCAUUCAGGAAUUAAUUAAAAUGGUGUCUUCAAAUCUGUUCAGGCCUCUUACUCCUCAACCUCGUGAAAACAAAGUAUUGGAAGCUUUUGACUUAGACGAAGAUGAACCCCUGAUGGAUCCUGCAUGGCCGCAUCUGCAAAUUGUGUAUGAGUUCUUUCUCAGAUUUGUAGCAUCGCCAGAGACGGAUGCAAAAUUGGCUAAGCGAUACGUUGAUCACUCUUUUGUUCUAAGGUUAUUAGAUCUCUUUGAUUCAGAAGAUCCAAGAGAAAGGGAGUACUUGAAGACUGUUCUGCACCGCAUAUAUGGAAAAUUCAUGGUGCACCGCCCUUUCAUUAGGAAAUCAAUCAACAAUAUAUUUUACCGGUUUAUAUUUGAAACUGAGAAGCAUAAUGGAAUAGCAGAACUUUUAGAAAUUUUGGGCAGCAUAAUCAAUGGAUUUGCACUUCCACUGAAGGAAGAGCACAAAUUGUUCCUUGUUCGAGCUCUUAUUCCACUUCAUAAACCAAAGUGUAUACAAAUGUAUCAUCAGCAGUUAUCUUACUGCAUAACACAAUUUGUGGAAAAGGACUGCAAGCUCGCUGAUACUGUCAUAAGAGGUUUGUUGAAAUAUUGGCCUAUCACAAACAGUUCCAAGGAAGUAAUGUUCUUAGGUGAGCUGGAGGAGGUUCUAGAAGCUACUCAGUCUCCGGAAUUCCAACGCUGUAUGGUGCCUUUGUUUCGUCAGAUCAGCCGUUGUUUGAGCAGCUCACACUUUCAGGUGGCUGAGAGGGCUUUGUUCCUAUGGAAUAAUGAUCAUGUUGAGAACCUAAUCAAACAAAAUCGUAAAGUUAUACUGCCGAUAAUCUUCCCUGCAUUGGAGAAGAAUGCUAGAGGCCACUGGAAUCAGGCGGUGCAAAGCUUGACAUUAAAUGUCCGCAAGAUCUUUUCUGAUAUCGAUUCUGAACUCUUUGAAGAGUGUUUGCAGAAAUUCGAAGAAGAUCAGGCCCAAGAAGGGGAGGUAAAGAGGAAACGUGAAAUGACUUGGAAGUGGUUAGAGGAGCUUGCUGGAAUGAGCAAUGAGCCAGUGCUAGUUUCUCGUUGGACAACACAUCAUCCACCAUCUGGCUAAAGACUUAAUAUCUUUGUUGCUGUUGCUUUUCCCUUGAGCAGUUGACCAGCAUGCUAAUUUAGGAAGGAAACUGUGAAAAGGAGGUGGGGUCCGAUACAUCCUGAAAAUUUUGCUUUCCCAGGUCUCACUUUGUGGUAACACAAAUUGAGUUGGAUGCCAACUCCGUGCUCAUAUUGAGGCAAGGACUGUGUACAUAUGGAGUCGCGUAACCGGAGAACCUCAAGAUUUAAAGUCUGCAGUCCACGCGUCGCUGGAGUUAAGUUUGGUUAAAGUUAAUUUGGUGUUUGCUUUAUUGGAGUUUGGUGUGAUGAGAUUGGAAAAUCAUCAUACUUCAGGUACAUGACUAAAGUUCCUUUUAGGUUGCACUUGAAUCUCUGUACCGUCUUAAUAUAUGCUUUGACAUUGUAGAUAAUCUUGGGCAUAUUCAAAGCAAGACAAUUUUAAGUUGCAAUAUUUAAGAAGUUACUAGUAGUAAUUCUUUUGAAUUCUCACACUGCUUGCAAUGAAUAUUUUAGAAGUUCCCUUUUCA